AGAAGCAUCUCAUUGCAAAAGGAAAUUGAAUCCUUUCUGUUAUAGACUCCCAUCCCUCUCCCUACCUCCCUCUCUUCAAUCUUCUUUCUUAAUCAUGGCCACCUUCGGAGGAACCCAGCAAAAGUGCAUGGCAUGUGACAAGACGGUCUACCUUGUUGAUAAGCUUACCGCCGAUGGCCGUAUCUUUCAUAAGGCCUGCUUCCGUUGCCACCAUUGCCGUAGCACCCUUAAGCUGAGCAACUACUGCUCUUUUGAGGGGGUGCUGUACUGCAGACCACACUAUGAUCAACUCUUCAAGAGAACUGGUAGCUUAGACAAAAGCUUCGAAGGAAUUCCCAAAGUCCAGAAAGAAAGACAGCCCUCUGAAAUUGAGAGAAGUCCUAAACAUAUCUCAAACGUGUUCGUGGGCACCACAGACAAAUGUGUUUGUUGCAAAAAGACAGUGUAUCCCACUGAGAGGGUUACAAUUAAUGGGACUCCUUACCAUAGGGGCUGCUUCAAAUGUACAUAUGGAGGUUGCACUAUAAGCUCAUCAAACUUUGUUACACAUGAGGGGAAGCUCUAUUGCAAACACCAUCACAUUCAACUCUUCAAAGAGAAAGGGAAUUACAGCCAGCUCGAGAAUGACGUCAACACCAUUGCUAUUUAAUUUUGCAGGAAUAUAAUCUUGCCACUGUUUUGUAUGAUGGAUAUGCAUGCUGCUCUAAUUUAAUUUAUUUCUUACAAUUAUUAAUUUUGUAUCGCUUGAAAAAAAAUACAUGUAGUGCUUUGUGUGGAUUUGCUAUACAAGCAUCUUAAUUGCUGUGACUGUGAUGCUUUCAGCAUUUUUCCCCUCAAAAUGAGUACUA